UCAUCACUAUCGACAGAACACCACUAAUGCUUCGCAACCGUACAACCAUGAUUUAUUUAAAAGCCUUAUUGUGAAGAAAAGAAUAAGAGUGGAUAAAAGUGCUACUCCACCACAAUCAUUCCUACACUCCCAAAUACUGUGGAUAGAAACUAACAAUAAGAACACCACUAUGGUCGAUGAGCAACCAUAUCUUGCAGCGUCUCCAAUCAUGCACAGUGUGGAUCACGUGGAUUCCAUUCUGGAAAGCUAGUCAAAGUUUGACCACCACUACUUGCACCAGUCUGAAUCGGCACGGGAAACAUCACCCUUUUCGGGCUGUCCUCUUUCACCUUCCCUCUUCAACUUCGUCAUUGAUACGAUCAUGGAAGACGCACUACCAGCCUCUAAUGCCUGUGGGGUCGAAGUGCUCCCUGGACCUCCGCUCACAGACAUCGAGUACGCAGACGACAUAACUCUUCUGGGAUCUGACCCUGUGGCAAUGCAAACAAUACUAAAUAAUCUAAAUAAUUCUGCCUCUCGGUUUGGUAUGCGCUUCACACCUGCAAAGUGUAAAGUGCUACUGCAAGACUGGGUGGGCUCGAACCCUAGCCUCAUGCUUGCGGUGAACCGAUUGAGUCCCGGUGGUCUGGCGAACGAUGAAAUUACCAUCCGGAUUGGGAAGGCCAGAGCAGCUUUUGCGCAUCUACGUCACCUGUGGCGUAGGCGUGACAUCAGCUUCUCUGUCAAGGGUCGAGUUUACAAUGCUGCGGUGCGCUCCACAUUACUGUAUGGAUCAGAAACCUGGUCGCUGCGCGCCGAGGACGUCAAAAGACUUUCGGUGUUUGACCAUCGAUGUCUUCGGAGCAUUGUCCGGAUCUGGUGGGGACACCGGAUCAGCAAUGCUGAAGUCAUGCUGCACAGGAUUUUACGAAGGAAUGCGCCACAGAUUUCACUGUCGUCGGUUGGAGCAUUUGGUCGUCAGGUCUACGUGGCUUCAUUAAUUGACUCACGAUUCCAAUACCCGUUAUCUGCCACCACUUCAGUUUUUACACGCCAUUCUUCUUCGUUGAGUCGUCGUAGUUGGGACAGUUUAUUUCGUGGCCGGCUGGAUCAGGAUGAUAUGCUUGUAUCAAGCAAACACAAACAACAUACACAUCCAUCCGGUGAUCAGGAUGCUCAACCAUUUGCUACUGCACCAAAAAGGGUAAGAAGUUUGAUGCUAUCAGUUCCAUGCUUUUUGUUUCAGCUUGUGCUUGAGUUACCAACUGUGAAUUACAUAGUGGUGAUGAGACGAUUGCAUUUUAAUUGGCCAAAAGGAGACCAACGUACUACUUUCAAUAUCAGUCAAGGGUUGAUGGAAGCUUCUUGUCGUUUCUGUUUUUUGCUAUGUUUGUCGAAAACUAUCCUCAUGUUUUUGUGCAUAUCAUUUCUAUCAAUGAUGCAUCCCUUCCCUCAGUCCCUAUCUGAUUGGUACAUUGUCAGCAAGCUGUUAAGUUACAUUUGGCCUGCUGAUCAACCAAGAAUCCGGUUACGUGUGGUCGCUGCCCUGUCGUUGUUGCUUUCAGCCAAGCUUGUCAAUGUGUUGGUCCCAUUUGUGUUCAAGUAUGCCAUCGAUUGCUACUCGGGAAAUGUCCCAGUGUUCUUGGCUGACAUCCAUCCAGCCACAGCAGCUACCGCCACACUGCUUUGCUGGUUGAUGGAAGCUUCUUGUCGUUUCUGUUUUUUGCUAUGUUUGUCGAAAACUAUCCUCAUGUUUUUGUGCAUAUCAUUUCUAUCAAUGAUGCAUCCCUUCCCUCAGUCCCUAUCUGAUUGGUACAUUGUCAGCAAGCUGUUAAGUUACAUUUGGCCUGCUGAUCAACCAAGAAUCCGGUUACGUGUGGUCGCUGCCCUGUCGUUGUUGCUUUCAGCCAAGCUUGUCAAUGUGUUGGUCCCAUUUGUGUUCAAGUAUGCCAUCGAUUGCUACUCGGGAAAUGUCCCAGUGUUCUUGGCUGACAUCCAUCCAGCCACAGCAGCUACCGCCACACUGCUUUGCUAUGGUAUAUUCAGGGCGACUUCUUCGGGGCUCAACGAACUUCGGACUGCCGUAUUUGCCAAGGCCGCUCAGUCCUCAAUUCAUAAAGUCGGUGUCCAAGUGUUUCGUCACAUGCAUGAUCUAGAUUUAUCGUACCACUUGGGCAGACGAACAGGAGCUUUGGGGAAAGCAAUUGACCGUGGUGCUCGAGGUAUUCAAUUCAUUUUGACAGCGAUGGUGUUCAAUCUAUUCCCCACUGCACUGGAGGUGGCAUUGGUUACCGGCAUUUUGUAUUACAAGUACGGUACAGUGGCCAGCAUAAUCGCCCUAACUUGUAUUGGUGCAUAUACAUCGUUUACAUUUGCGAUAACUCGAUGGAGGACGCAGUUCCGAGUGGCAAUGAAUCGUGCGGAUGGUCGCGCUGGCAGUCAGGCAACGGACUCCCUCAUCAACUAUGAGACAGUGAAAUACUUCAAUAACGAAGAGCACGAAGCUGGCAUUUACGACCGCCUGCAGAAGGAGUAUGCAGAUGCGAGCGUCAAGACAACCACAAGUCUGGCAGUUUUAAACUUUGGCCAAGCAGCAAUUUUUUCCGCUGGUUUGGCCGCCACCAUGAUUGCGGUCGCCAGUCAAAUCGCACUAGAUCCCAUCAGUGGCGUUGCAACUGCCGCGGUGGUAGGCGACCUUGUUUCUGGUACUGCUGCAGAGCGUACAGCGCAGGCGUUCACCGUCGGCGACUUGGUUCUUGUAAACGGCCUACUGUUCCAGCUAUCGGUUCCAUUGAACUUUUUGGGCACGAUGUAUCGUGAGGUUCGACAGUCGCUGGUCGAUAUGUCCACCAUGUUCCUCCUUAUGGAAUUGGAGCCUAAGAUCAAGUCUCCUCCGGGUGCACCCAAUCUGAUUAUUGACAAAUCCAACGCUUCAAUCGAAUUCCGUGAUGUCAAGUUUGCUUACAUGUCCAAGGACGGUAAGAAGUCUGACAUGCUUAUCGGGAGGUCCAUUUGCGAUGGACUAAGCUUUAAGGUCGAUCCUGGCCAACGGGUGGCCGUGGUCGGUGGCAGUGGAACCGGAAAGUCCACCUUAGUUCGGCUCAUUUACCGGUUCUUUGAUGUGAACGAAGGUGCCAUCCUUGUCGGUGGACAGGACGUGCGUUCAGUGAAUUUGGAUAGCCUUCGACGUGCGAUUGCAGUCGUACCUCAGGACGCGGUUUUGUUCCACAACACAAUUUAUUAUAAUUUACAAUAUGGCAACCUGAACGCCACUCCGGAACAGGUGUAUGAAGCGACAAAGCUGGCCGAUCUGGCCAGUGCCAUCGAACGUAUGCCGCACGGAUACGAAACUCAGGUUGGUGAACGAGGCUUGAAACUGAGUGGUGGCGAGAAGCAGCGUGUUGCAAUCGCCCGUGCUCUAUUAAAGCAAGCACCCAUACUAAUCUAUGACGAGGCAACUUCCUCUUUGGACUCCAUCACCGAGCAUAAUAUAUUGCAACGAUUGGCCAAAGUUACACCGGGGACAACAUCCCUCGUGAUUGCCCAUCGUCUGAGUACGAUUGUGGAUGCGGACGAGAUUCUGGUGCUCCGUAACGGACGUAUUUCGGAACGGGGUACGCAUUUGAGCCUUCUGAACCAGCCGAACUCGUAUUACAGUCAGCUUUGGGAGCAACAGCUACAUGGAAGAAGCACACUGUCGGAGCCGAUGGACAAAGCUGAAGAACUCUCUGAAAGGAUCAGCGCGCCAUCUGAAGUCAGUAGAUGAACAUUUCUCCAUUCACGGACAUGUUCACUGCUCCCAAGACGCUCUUAUUCCAGACUGCAAGUGACGCGGUUGAAAGUUGCUUCCCUGUGUAUUAGUUUACUGGGAUUCGUAUAAAAUUUCUACUGUUUUGAAUAUAUACCAUUGACAGAUGCAGUUGGGUUUUCUUAGCUUCUAAU